AUGGUGGCGCCUGCGCGGAUAGCUGCCUUGACUCGUCUACGAUGCUCAAUAUUCCAAACAUCAUAUAACCCGACAUCUGUACGAACCGGCGCAAAAUACCUACGCGCCAGGCUUCGAGGGCCUUCAAUGGCCCAAUACUACCCAGCCGCGUUGAAUCUCUCGCAAUUGGCGAGGGAGUUCCCCGAGCUUGAGAUCGUCGACCCAGACGAGGAGCAGCGGAUUCAGGAUGUAGAGGACAAAAAGAAGCGUGGCAAGGGUGCACCGAAGAAGGCCAAAUCCAAAGCCGACAGUCGGAGAGCUACCAGGAAAAAGUAG